AUAAGAAAAGCAUUUGACCAUAAAGCAUCUGAAGGGCUUUCAAAUGCUAUGUAUAGGGUGCGACGAGGCAUUGAUCUAGGGAGUUGGAUUCCAAAGCAAAAACGUGUAGAACUUUAACAGAAAUGGAAUGAUGAGAAUUGGAAACAAAAGUCAAUGACUAAUGCUAAAAAUAGAAAUUCUUCUGAUGGUUCAUUGCAUACUGGAGAAUCCAUUCCUACUUCUGAGCAUUUUAAGAGAUUGAAAAUAUCUAGAGAUAUGACUCCAACAUGUUGGGACCUAUUCCAAAAGACCCAUAAGACAGCGAACGAGAAUACAUGGGUGUCUUCCAAGGCAAAAAGGAUAGCGAAUGAGUAUGAAAGACGGUUAUCUGAAAGACAGUCACAACAAUUAUCGGGACAUCAUGUUUUCAUGAGUAGUGCUGGGUCCUUCGCACUUGCCAAGGGCAAAGGCAAGGCGCGGGGUAAGGCGGUGGCUACCGGAACGGCUGCCGCUGAGAAGAAGAAGGUGGUGAAUCCGCCGCCGAGAAGAAGAAGGUGGUGA